CCUGUUGUGUUUCUUUUUCUAACACUGUCAGAAAGCCCAUGCACUGCGAGCUCUCUCCACCACCUACACUGCAAACAGGACUAUGUAAAGAUGCUGUCGAACAAUCCUCACGUCGGGCACAAAGUGGCAGGAUGUUUGCUUUUCCUCUCGUUCUUUCACAUUGACUUUGCUGCUGGCAGCUCAGGAAAAGGCUCACAGAGUCAAGAUGAUAUGCACGUCAUCCACAACAGUCAACUGGACCUGCGGGAGAUAGUGUUCGUCAUCCAGAGUCAAAGCAACUCCUUCCAUGUGAGGCAAGCAGAGAGACGGAAAGCAGAUUUACUAAGGCAAGCACACAGUCUCACAGAGAAACCACCGGUGGUUUUGCUUCUUCACAGUUUAUCAGAUAAUGAGGGAGACUGGAGUAUCCUUCCUCUGCUGCCUUACUUUUCUUACUCCUUUUGGAAAAAUUCAUCCUGGCUUGUGUUUCUUGAGGAGGAAACUAAUUUGAAGAUGAAUAAGCUUGUUCAAGUCCUUGCAAAGUUUGACAAGAAUAAAGAGUGGUUUCUUGGUAAGCCCCUCUAUGAUGUGGAGUCUACUAUCAUCCAUCACUACGCCUUUGCAGAGAAUCCCUCCGUCUUUAAAUAUCCAGACUUUGCUGCGGCUUGGGCCUUAAGCAUCCCCCUUGUAGUCCGGCUUGCAAACAAAGUGAGAGAUGAGCCACUUAAAUCUGACUUCACUAUUGACCUGAAACAUGAGGUUGCCUUGUACAUCUGGGACAAUGGGAAGGGUCCACAUCUCAUUGCUGUUCCUGAGCUGUGCACUGAGCCGGAGGACUCUCCUCAGGCCCAGCACUGUGCUACCUCUCUGAGCAGAGAGCCCCCGCUGUGUGGGGAGCCUGUGAAAAAUGAAGAUAUAUUUGUUGCUGUGAAAACGUGUCAGAAAUUUCACAGUGAGAGAGUUCCAGUGAUAAAGAAGACUUGGGAGAAAGAUGCCUUAUUUUUAGAGUACUACAGUGACCAUGCUGAUCCUUCAAUACCAACCAUAAAUUUAGGAGUACCAAAUACUGAAAGAGGCCACUGCGGGAAAACAUUUGCAAUUCUUAAAAGAUUUGUAAGCAGUGCUGUCCCAAAGACCAAGUGGCUCCUUGUUGUGGACGAUGACACACUUAUCAGCCUGCCCAGACUGCAAGUCUUGCUGAGCUGUUAUGACCCUUCUGAACCAGUGUGUCUCGGUGAGAGGUAUGGCUACGGACUGAGCCAAGGCGGCUAUAGCUACAUCACAGGAGGUGGAGGUAUGGUGUUCAGUAGAGAGGCUGUGGUUCAACUUCUGAACAGCGGCUGCAAGUGUUACAGCGAUGACGCGCCGGAUGACAUGGUGCUGGGAAUGUGCCUCAACGCUCUUGGCCUUCCUGCCACACACAGCCCCCUCUUCCACCAGGCACGCCCAGAGGACUACGCCAGAGACUUCUUAGCCCACCAGGUGCCCAUCUCUUUCCAUAAACACUGGAACAUCGACCCCAUUGCUGUUUUCAACAAAUGGCUUAAGGAUGAUUUGAGGGCAAAAGCUUCAGAUGGACUUAAUAAGAGUGCGAAAACUGAGUUAUAACAAUUUCAAGCACACAACUCGCCUGUAUGAUUAUGUAUGUAUACAAUGUGUGAGUGUAUUUGGUGCAGCUAAAAGGCAGCAUUAAAGCUCUGAAAAGCU